UCAACCCGCCCCUUUGUAUUUUGGGGUUUGAUCGUGGGCUGUUGCAGGAAGUCCCUUCACAUCCUGUAUCCUGCAUCUGAGAGCCGUGGGUUUAUUAAAGCUGCUCUCUCUCUCCAUCUCUCCCUAUAAACAUGAUGCACUGCCGGCGCGCGGACAACUGCACUCUCACAGCGGCGCUUCUGCACGCGCUCGUGCUGCUGACCGUCACACUCGCCGCUCACUUACCUGAUGAGAGACUUUUGAAAAGUGGGGUCAGGAAGCUGGAACAGUAUGAGACUACGGUACCACUGCUACUGGAUGGAAAAAAGCAACGCUCAAUCAGCCUGUUUCGCUCGAAGAGUCCUCCAGCUUUACUACAGAUAUUGAUAGAGGCAGGAGGCCAGCAGCUGAUCCUCUCACUGAAGAAGAAUGAGGGUCUCUUUAGCAGCAAUUACAGUGAAACACACUACAGAGAAGAUGGACGAGCAGUCACUCAUAACUCUAUGGUGAACUGCUUUUAUCACGGCGAAGUUGAAGGACACACCAGUUCAGAUGUUAGCCUCAGCACUUGCUCUGGUCUCAGGGGGUUCAUCUCACUUGCAAAUGAGAUAUUGAUGGUGGAGCCUGCAUUUGAACCAGAGAACGGUACACACGUGGUUUACAGAGGAGACCAUUUACGCUUCCCUUCAGGAACCUGUGGUCAUGGACACAACAUGUCCACAAUCAACCAAGGAAAUGUCUGGGAACUGUUACAAUCUUUCAACUCCAGGCAUAAAAGAGAUGCACAGAAGACUACCAAAUAUGUGGAGCUCAUUAUUGUAGCAGACAACAGGGAGUAUCAUAAACAUGGAAAAGAUGUAGAGAAGGUGAAGCAGAGAAUGGCCGAGAUCGCUAAUUAUGUAGACAAGUUUUACAGGGUUCUAAACAUCAGGGUAGCUCUGGUGGGACUUGAGGUUUGGAGUGACUCUGACAAGUGUUCAGUGACACAGGACCCAUUUACCACACUGCAUGAGUUUCUAGACUGGAGAAAACUCAAACUGCUACCUCUCAAACCUCAUGACAAUGCUCAGCUUAUCAGUGGUGUGUAUUUCCAGGGUACCACCAUUGGCAUGGCUCCCAUCAUGAGCAUGUGCACUGCAGAACAGUCUGGAGGAAUUGUCAUGGAUCACUCAGACAAUCCGCUAGGAGCAGCCGUGACCUUAGCUCAUGAAUUAGGCCACAACUUUGGAAUGAACCACGACACUCCCGAGCGGGGGUGUGGCUGUGGGAUGACAGUGGAACGUGGAGGCUGUAUCAUGACACCAUCCACAGGGUACCCAUUCCCCACUGUGUUCAGCACAUGUAGCAAGAAGGAUCUUGCAGCCAGUCUGGACAAAGGAGUUGGUAUGUGUCUCUACAAUAUGCCAGAGGUUAAAGUGCUGCAUGGGGGACAGAAAUGUGGCAACGGCUACGUGGAGGAGGGAGAGGAGUGUGACUGCGGAGAACCAGAGGAGUGUGUAAACCCAUGCUGCAAUGCAACUACCUGUACUCUCAAAGAAGAUGCUGUAUGUGCCCAUGGACAGUGCUGUGAGGACUGCAAGUUGAAGCCUGCUGGAACACCAUGCAGAGAGUCGAGUAACUCUUGUGACCUGCCUGAGUUCUGCACUGGUUCAAGUCCUCACUGCCCAGCGAAUGUCUACCUACACGAUGGGCAUGCAUGCCACACAGUUGAUGGCUACUGUUACAAUGGCAUCUGCCAAACCCAUGAACAGCAGUGCAUCACACUCUGGGGUCCAGGGGCCAAACCUGCCCCUGGUAUCUGCUUUGAAAGAGUAAACUCAGCUGGAGAUCCUUAUGGCAACUGUGGCAAAGAUUCCAAAGGCUCCUUCGCCAAAUGUGAAGCACGAGAUGCUAAAUGUGGUAAAAUCCAGUGCCAGGGUGGUGCCAGUCGACCUGUAAUUGGAACCAAUGCUGUUUCCAUAGAGACCAACAUCCCCCUGCAUGAAGGGGGACGUAUCCUCUGUCGGGGGACACAUGUAUACCUCGGGGAUGACAUGCCUGACCCAGGACUGGUGCUGACUGGCACCAAGUGUGCUGAGGGCAUGAUGUGUUUGAACAGACAGUGUCAGAAUGUCAGUGUGUUUGGAGUGCACGAGUGUUCAGGGAAGUGCCAUGGCAGAGGGGUCUGUAAUAAUAAGAAAAACUGCCACUGUGAAGCUCAUUGGGCACCACCAUUCUGCGAGAGGGCAGGGUUUGGUGGCAGCAUGGACAGUGGACCAAUGAGAUUAGCAGCUGAUAGUCGGGCCAUCACCACAGGCGUGCUGGUCACUGUGUUCUGCCUGUGUGCUGCUGGCUUGCUCAUCUGCUUGAAGAGGAAGACUCUGCUCCAGCUGCUCUUUACUAAUAAGAAAAGCACAAUUCAGAAGCUCAGAUCAGUGGGAUGGAGGAGAACAGCCAGUCCAUCACACUCACAGCCUGUGUACAGAGACUCUCCUCAAUGCAAAUCCCCAUCCAGAUCUGCUACCUGUAGGUUGGAUAAGCCCUGUCAUCUCAGUGCUGAGCCUCUUCUGCCUCCUCCAACAUUCCACACUCACAUUCUGCGACGGUUUCCUCAUUGCCCUGUUCAGUGCCAACCCCUCCACAUCAGCCACCCCAUUCCCAUUACAAUGGGUCUGGGUGUGUCUGCAGGCCUACAAGCUCCGCCCCCUGUUCCUCCCCACAGACCUUUGCCCAGACACACACAGUCUCCUGUGAGAGCAUCUCCUUUCUUUACUCUCCCACGACAGCCAGUCUUCAUGGCCAAUCAGGACCAAGAAAAGCCCAGUCCUCCCCAAAAGCCACUGCCUGCAGACCCCCCAGUGAGAGGCUGCAGAUUGGCACGAAGCACAUCAGCAGUUGGAGUGCACACAUCAGGCACUGGUGCUCUUUCUAUUUCAGUCCCAACUGCACCACGGCCUCCGCCUGCUAUACCACUGCCAACAAGACCAACACCAAGGCUACCACCAUCUCUAUAUGAACGCUGAUACAAGCUCCUGAUAAAAUCAAAGACGAAUUCCACCAGCGAAUGGACACUUAUUUGCACUAUGAAAACUCUAGUGGACCCAUUGCACAUCCCUGUGGAACUCCUUAGAGUAUCUUUGAGAAGGAAGGGAACUGUGCUAACUUCUUGGUGCUGUGCCGCACACAUGCUCAGCGUCCUCACUCAGGUACUGUAGAAAUGAGAUGUAUAUUUAUUGUCAGAAGAACACAAUGCACUGUGGUCAACACUUUUUUCUAUGGUGGCUGUUAUUGUGACCUUUUUACUACAUCAUUAUUGAUUUCGAAUCAAGAGACUGUUUGCUUUUCUUCAAGUUAGUCUGUACUGGGGCAAAAAUCUGUCAUGUUCCUGUAAAUAAAAUAUGAAUGGGUGUUGUAAAAGUACUAGACCUAUGUAUGCUCUUCUGUGUGGCAUAGAAACUGGAGUCUGAACACAACAUACUUGCAGGUUGAAGGUGUUUCAUUCAACAGAGAUUUCAAACAUAAAACUUAUUUCUCAUGAGGCAUAUUUUAAUGAAAACUUAACUGCAGGUAAAACUUUGACAGACAUUUUAGUCACUGUAUCAACAAACCUGCAGUAUAAUGAAAGGUGCAUUCUGUAGGAUUUAGUGGGAUAGUAUUCACCAUUAUGUUUUCAUUCGUGUAUAAUCACCUUUAACUCUAAAUCACUGCAUUUUCGUAAGCUUAGAAUUAGCUUUUCAUAUGUACAUAGGGAGCAGGUCCUCUUCCAAGGAGCCGCCAUGUUUCUACAGCAGCCCAGAAUGGACAAACCAAACACUGGAUCGAGAGAGCACAUUUCACUUUCACGUAUUUACAAGUGGCAGUUUGAAUCCAAUGCUAGAAGAAAGAUGAAGAAAAAAAAGAAGAGGCUAUCGUACCAAUCAAAAGUUUGGACACACCUACUCGUUCAUAGCUUUUUCUGUAUUUUGACUAUUUUCUACAUUGUAGAACAAUACUGGUGGCAUAGUGGUUAGCACUGUCGCCUCACAGCAAGAAGGUUCUGGGUUCGAGCCCAGUGGCCGAUGGGGGCCUUUCUGUUUGGAGUUUGCAUGUUCUCCUCGUGUCUGCGUGGGUUUCCUCCAGGUGCUCCAGUUUCCUCCACAGUCCAAAGACAUGCAGGUUAGGUUAAUUGGUGGCUCUAAAUUGACCGUAGGUGUGAAUGUGAGUGUGAAUGGUUGUUUUUCUCUAUGUGUCAGCCCUGCAAUGAUCUGGCGACUUGUCCAGGGUGUACCCCGCCUCUCGGCCAUAGUCAGCUGGGACAGGCUCCAGCUUGCCCGUGACCCUACACAGGAUAAGCAGUUAUGGAUAACGGAUGGAUAGAACAAUACUGAAGACAUCAAAACUAUGAAAUGGAAUCAUGUAGCCAGCGUUUACCUUGAUGACGCUUUGCACACUAUUGGCACUAUCUUAACCAGCUUCAUGAGGUAGUCACCUGGAAUGCUUUUCAAUUAUCAGGUGUGCCUCUUCAACAGUUAAUUAGUGCAAUUUCUUGACUUCUUAAAGGUCCCAUGGCAUGAAAUUUUCACUUUCUGAGGUUUUUUAAUGUUAAAAUGAGUUCCUCUGACUUUCUUAAGUCACCCCAGUGGCUAGAAAUUUCAUAAUGUGUAAACCAAACUAUGCCCAACAUUUGAGAAUGGCGCAUCAAAACGGCGCGUUGAUAAACUCUUCCCUUUACUACGUCAGCAAGGGAGAUGAUCCCCACGCCCCCCCUCUGGAUUCCCACCCACUGUAUGAAUUGCCCGCCCAGUUGUAGUGAGGAGACCAUAGAGGGAGGACACAACAUGGCAUCACCUAAGCGAGCGAAACAUGGAAAUUGCGCUGUACAUGGAUGUGACAACACAGAAAAGAGUCUGUUUUUACUGCCGACGGGAGAGCCCCUGAAGACGCAGUGGCUUAAUUUUAUUUACUUCAAUAAUACGCCGUCGAGUCUACCUAAGACGGUGUAUGUUUGUCGGAAGCAUUUUCCUGAGGAAUGUUUCCACAACUUGGGACAGUACAGGGCAGGUUUUGCACAUCAACUGUCACUGAAGCCUGGGUCCGUACCAAGCAUCCCUGCCGCAUCAGCCACAAACAGCGAACAAGUAAGUGUAUAACUGUUAAGUCGUUUUGCCGUGUUUUAAAAUCGGUGCCACGUUAGCCUUGCAAUGGCUACAUUAGCUGUGCAGCUAAACGCUUCCUGCAGUUAGCCAGGUACUCUGCGCUACAAAACCAAAAAGCAUGCAGCAUGCUCUGUUAAACUGAGUUUAGUCUGGAAAUUGACUGUAACUUAUGAGCUUAUGUUUUGCCGUGUUUUAAUAUCGGUGUGUUAGCCUUGCAAUGGCUACAUUAGCUGUGCAGCUAACCACUUCCUGCAGUUAGCCAGGUACUCUGCGCUACAAAACCAAAAAGCAUGCAGCAUGCUCUGUUAUAAUAGCCAAUCAAAACAGUUUUUACAAAGACACCCACAUUCUUUUUUUUAAGUCACUCAUUCAUUUUAUUUGUUUGUUUGUUCAGUAAAAACCCAAACAUUUGUUGAAUUUAUUUUAUUUUAUAAUACGCCGUCGAGUCUACCUAAGACGGUGUAUGUUUGUCGGAAGCAUUUUCCGUGUUUGCCGUGUUUUAAUAUCGGUGUGUUAGCCUUGCAAUGGCUACAUUAGCUGUGCAGCUAACCACUUCCUGCAGUUAGCCAGGUACUCUGCGCUACAAAACCAAAAAGCAUGCAGCAUGCUCUGUUAUAAUAGCCAAUCAAAACAGUUUUUACAAAGACACCCACAUUCUUUUUUUUAAGUCACUCAUUCAUUUUAUUUGUUUGUUUGUUCAGUAAAAACCCAAACAUUUGUUGAAUUUAUUUUAUUUUAUAAUACGCCGUCAAGUCUACCUAAGACGGUGUAUGUUUGUCGGAAGCAUUUUCCUGAUGAAUGUUUCCACAACUUGGGACAGUACAGGGCAGGUUUUGCACAUCAACUGUCACUGAAGCCUGGGUCCGUACCAAGCAUCCCUGCCGAAGAAUUUAUUUUAUUUGCUCGCGUCGCACCUUAAUGACGUCAGCGCACGGUAUUUUUCCCUUCGCGGUUUGUUCCUUCUCUCUCGCCAUAGUAAGACACCCACAUCCGCUUGUUCUGACCCACUGGAGGUAGCAUCACAGUGCUGUUAGCCAAUCAGAGGUAACAUAUUUACAUGUCAUGAAUAUUAAUGAUAAGACCCGCCCCCACCCUCUACCCUUCCCCGCCUCCUGCUUCUCAUUAGCAAAACGACGCACUGGGAAAAGCGCUGAAAUGGGGCUUUCUCCCAGGAGGCUAUAUCUACGUGCUGAGGGUUCAUUUCGAGAAAGGCUGCGGAUAUAACAUCCGGAAACCUCCACGAACCCAUUUAAAGCAUCAACAAACCACCAUGCCAUGGGACCUUUAAUGCAUUUGAACUAAGUAAAUAGUAAAUAAUAAAAAUGCAGUAAAUAGCCCUCUUCCACAACUGUAGUAAUCCAUAUUAUGUCAAGAAUUGCUCAGCUAAGUAAAGAGAAACGACAUCCAUCAUUACUUUAAGACAUGAAGUGUCUUUUAAUUAAUAAAAAUAGAGAAAAAACAUCGAAUUCGAAGGCGUGUCCAAACUUUUGACUGGUACUGUAAAUGUCAGUGAAGUUGUCCUCUUGCUUGUGUUUUGGUGGUUCCGAUAAAAUAUAAUGCUCUCAGUUUAAGCCUGUUUGAAGUAAAGUUUAAUUCCUGUACAUGUACACAUAAAAUGUACACAUAAAGCCCAAGCAAACACCAGCCUACCAACCACAUUCCAGGCUUUUAGUUUUCAGAACAAAAUCAUAAAAUGUUCAAAGGUGAUCAGUGUUGUUUUAUUUUAGUUAUAUAUGACAAAAUUAUCAAAAACCCACCUAAAAUGAUUGAAAUGUUGAUUAGCCUAACAGUCACUACGAUAAAUCGAAAGUGUGGCCAUGCAUGCACUGCCACUAGGAUGAAACUACUGGUGUAAAACUGUGGUUCUGCAAAUAGAUAUCAUUGCAUCUGAUGGCCACUGUGACUUUUUAUACAUGCUUGGAAAGGGAGGGGUGAAGGAGGGGUAUUCAGUUGGUUGCAAUCUCCAACCUCUCCACUAGAUGGCAAUAAAUCCUACAUAGUGCACCUUUAACUACUUGUGGUGGGUUUCCCAAAAGCCUCUUCACGCUAAGAUCAUCUUAACUAGAAGAGAAAGUAUUCAUUGUGUUGCUCACUCUACCAUUUAACAAUGAUCUUUGUGCUAGGAUGCUUUUGGGAAACUCAACAUUGGUUGUUAUAGAUACAAUAAGAAGGAAUGAUAAAUAAAAACAUACAGAAACAAUUAAAAGGUUAUGUUAGUUUGUUCGGUUUCGUUUUCAGCUGUGAAGCUGGCUAAUGCUGACUGAAUGCUGUAGUACUUCUGUUGAUGUCCCACCAAAACAUUAUUUAAAUGGAAGUGGGUCAACAAGUACAAAUUUUUUUCCUGUCCUAUAUGAUUAACCUAUACUGAUUCAAGAAAGACUGGCACCAGUCACAGCUAGUCUUUUUAGGCAACAGGACUUUUUAAUUACAAGCUGGUUUAUUAUUCACUAUGAUAAUUCAUAAAUCUUACUGGAAUCUUUAGUACUGUUAACUUCACUGCUGAUAGACUCAGUGCUGUAUUGAAAUGCAUUUAACUUUGUCACAUUUUCACAAAAAAAUAAAAACGUGUGUGUGUGUGUGUUUGCUUGUUUUCUGUGUAAGAGCCCAUGGUACUUUUUUGUCAGCCUGUAGAUCGCAUGAAAGAAGCCAUUUCUUUGCCAUGUAGAUAUUUCAUUUGUUUCACUCAUGUCAUUGUUUUAUACAUCACAAGCAAAUCAGUGUUGAAGAUGUGAAAUUACAAGUGAACUUGAAUUGUAAUUGUGU